AUGGGUUUCUUGGAGACAGUGCAAUGGUGGGAGGAGUGGCAGCUGCGCGUCCUCGUCCUAGCCAGCCUCUUCCUGCAUUGCUUUCUCUUCUUCUCUGCAUACUUGCGUAAGCGCCGUAUCCCGCCUUGGUUGAGAUUCUUAAUCUGGCUGGCCUACCUGGGCAGCGAUGCCGUAGCGAUUUACGCGCUGGCCGCCCUCUUCAACCGCCACAAGAAGCAGGAAUGGGUAUCCACACAUCGCAGUAGCUCUAGCAUGCAGGUGUUGUGGGCACCAAUCCUCUUGUUGCACCUCGGCGGCCAAGAUGGCAUAACUUCCUAUAACAUCGAAGACAACGAGCUAUGGAGGCGGCAUGUCCUAUCAGCAGUGUCUCAGGUCAUUGUUGUAAUGUAUGUGCUUUGGAAGUCGCCGCCAGGAGAUGGUGAAAUCUUUGCAGCGAUGAUUUUGGUUAACGUUGGGAUUGUCAAAUGCUUAUUGAAGCCAUGGGAUUUGAAGAGAGUUAGCAUCAAUAGCCUCGUGGACUCUUCUAGUUCAGAAGAUAAUGGCGAGAUUAGUUCGCUUCACGAGUACAUACGAGCUGCAACGCAGUAUUUUCAAGCCGGCCAUGGAGGUCAGCCAUCUCAUAGUAGUGAAGGCAAUAAAGUGGAAUUUGAGAAGCCCUAUGAUCUAUUCGUAGACCUCGCACCCCCUUAUUCCCAUCGGCUUAGCUGCCUCUGGCACUUCGUGCGUAAUCGAGACAAAGCGCAUCGUUUGCUACAGUAUGGCCUCUCUGUAACGUUCGAUCGACUCUACACCAAGGAAUCACUGCUGCACAAUGGUUCCGUGUACAAGUUCAAGCUGCGUGACUAUAUUUCCUAUAUACGGUCACUAGCCGCAGGCUCCAUAAUAUCGGCCAUUGUGAGUUUUCACGGGAGCAAUAAAGAAGCUUACGACCGCACCGAUGUCAACAUCACAUAUGCCUUGCUAUACUUCACUGCUGUUCUGGAAAUCGUUAUACCUUAUGUGAUGUAUUUUAACAGAUGCUAUGAAUGGUUUGGCGAGCGACGAUGGCCCGAUCAAGUUGCCCAGUACAACCUCAUAGGGUACUUGGCCCGCAACAAGAAGCAUUCCUGGUUCAGGAAGCUCGCGGCCUUGCUGGUCUGCAAGGACUACAUCGACCAUCUCUGGUGGUGCACGAGGCCAUCCAAGUCGUCCCGUGACAUCACCGAGCUCGUCCAUGGCUACGUCACAAAAGGGUGGACGGAUCAUCACAUAAAGGAUGUGGCCACCUACAGGGCGUUCAAUGACAACCGGGGCAAGUGGACUAUCGGGAGAGAGCAGUGCACCAUAAACCUAGAGCUAAGCAUACGGAGGCCGUUCGACGAGAGCGUCCUCAUCUGGCACCUCGCCACAGAUUUCUGCUUCUACCAGACGUCCCAGUCUCCCUCCAUUGCAGAUGGCCGUCGCUGCAGGGAGAUGUCCAACUACAUGGCGUACCUUCUGUUCGUCAACCCAGAGAUGCUAAUGACCGGCGCUAGGCGUAGCCUGCUCAAAGCUGCGUAUAGGAAGCUCAAGGACAUGCUCAAGGAGUACACACCACUGGAUGAGAAAGAACUCGCCCAUACGAUAAUUCAACGGGUCAAGGACACAGAGGGUUCAGGCAUUGUUUAUGAUGCUUGGUGCCUCGCUAAUGAUCUCAUGGAUUUACACAUGGAGGACGAGGAGAAAAUGUGGAGGGUGAUCCAGGGCGUGUGGGUGGAGAUGCUCUGCUUCUCUGCCGGCAGGUGCAGAGGGUACCUGCACGCCAAGAGCUUGGGCAAUGGCGGGGAGUACCUCUCCUAUGUCUGGCUCCUCCUGUCGUUCAUGGGGAUGGAGACCUUGGCAGAGAGGAUGCAGAGGACAGAGCUGUGUGAGGGGGCCACAACCGCAGGCCCAACAUGGGCUUCACCAACGCUCGCCGGUGACGAGAAUGUUUGA